AUGGAGCGGGCGUUCAAGAGCGCAAUCCGAUUAAAAGCUGGCAGUGCAGGUUUCCCAUCAGCUUGUCGGAGUGGAACUGACAGCAAACACCGUGUCCGCAUGCGAGGUCUCCAGCAGUGCCACGGAACCGGCGGGACCAACCACCGGUUGUGCGAUGCAGGCUGUGAGGGCGCAGCGCAACUCACAAUCGACACAAACACAGUACACACAAGCCUCCAACUGUCUGACAACAACAGGAAGGUGACACGUGUGGAGGAGGUUCAGUCAUAUCCUGAUCAUCCAGACAGAUUUGAUUACUGGAAACAGCUGCUGUGUAGAAAUGGUCUGACUGGUCGCUGUUACUGGGAGGUCGAGUGGAGAGAAAAUGUUUUUAUAUCAGUGAGUUACAGAAGCAUCAGAAGGAAAGGAGACAGUGAAAACUGUGUGUUUGGACGGAAUGAUCAUUCCUGGAGUCUGAGCUGCUCUGAUGAUGGUCCUCAUUCUGUCUGUCACAAUAACAAACUAACAUCCUCCUCCUCCUCCUCCUCUUCCUCUAACAGAGCAGCAGUGUAUGUGGACUGUCCUGCUGGCACUCUGUCCUUCUACAGAGUCUCCUCUGACACUCUGAUCCACCUCCACACCUUCAACACCACAUUCACUCAAACUCUUUAUCCUGGGUUUUGGGUGGGUCGUGGUUCCUCAGUGAGUCUGUGCUGA